AUGAUGUUUGCCAUUUUAAGAGCUACACUCUUCAUGCCCUGGUGCCUGGCUCUCCCGGUGGUCCCAACUACAGACCUUAAAGGAUGGGACUUUGUUAAGGACUAUUUUCAUCGGUUUUUCAUGACCAAGAAGGAAUCACCAAUCCUUACCCAGGGAGAACAGAUACGAUUCCUGCAGCAGUUCUUCCAUCUGAACGUGACAGGCUUAUUGGACAAACAGACACUCGCUGUGCUGCGCCAGCCCCGCUGUGGGGUGCCUGAUGUGGCUUACUACUCUGUCUCCCCAGAAAGGCCUAAAUGGAAUAAACUCACUCUGACCUAUAGGAUUAUCAAUUACCCAUAUGGUUUGAAGACAUCCACAGUGGAAGAUAUUAUGCAUUCGGCUGUUUCUGUCUGGAGCAGUGUAACCCGCUUGGUCUUUGAGCAAGUGGAGCAUCAAGAAGCAGACAUCAAGAUUUCUUUCUGGACCUUGGCCCACGGAGAUGGAAUGCCCUUUGAUGGACCAGGUGGUGUCUUAGGCCAUGCCUUUUUCCCACAUUCUGAAACUCCAGGAGUUGUCCACUUUGACAAGGAUGAACAUUGGUCAACUUCAUACAGAGGGAUUAAUUUGUUCCUGGUUGCUACUCACGAGCUAGGUCAUGCUCUGGGCCUGUACCACUCUGGGAAUCCGAACUCCAUAAUGUACCCCACUUACGAGUACCAAAACCCCAGAACCUUCCGCCUCAGUCGUGAAGAUAUCCAAAGAAUCCAGCACCUGUAUGCAUUUGAUAUGUCCAACUACUGUGAUAGGGGCAAGAGAAAAGAGUGUACUAAAGUUGGGAAAGAUGGCUAUGGAACUAUAGAGUCAGCUGCAAGGAUCCUGCAGACUCUAAUAGCAGUCCCUAACUCUCUGCCCCAGGAGAAACUGGUAGUAUUAUUAGAGAUGGUGAGAGCAUUCAAAUCCCACUACUUAAGGAUUCAAAGGUUUUCAAGACCUCAGGUCCACAGAGAUUCAAAACCGUAA